UGGCCGAGAUUGUUGGGUGGCCUCGUUUAUUCAAUGCAAUAAACAAAAAAAGAUAUACAAAAACAAUGCAGAUAAAGCCCAUUAUUACAUACUCUGGCUCGUGCCCGCUGUUUCGGUCACUGGAGGCUCAAAUCCUGAAUGCCAUUCCUCUGGACACUUGCGAAUGGCGGCGCACUUUUCAACGUCCCACUAAACAUGUUCGUCUAGAGGCCCAGACCCAGCAGUUCAAUGUGGCAGCCUUGGAUAAGUACAAACAGGGUGACUGGAGCAUAUUGGAACACCCAAUACUGCACAUUUAUGUCACCGAGUGCAAUGACGUGGACACCUACAAGGGCACCAUCAGGGAAGAGAUCGAUGCCUGGCUAAAAAUAUUGACCAGUUACGGCAUAUCCGACUGGAUGAUUCUGCUGGUGGAAACCCUGGAUAUGCGGAAGACAAAAAACUUUAUGCCACGCACCACUGUGCUGGAUAAGAUACGCUUAGACUUUGGCAGUAAAAACGACGAUCGCUGCAUCUCAGUCUUAAACCCUGCCAAGUUCGAACAGAAGUCUACGGAAUCCUUUCGAUGCCUGGUGCAGCGGAUUCGGUUCCUUAUGCUGGCCAGCUAUAAUCGCAACAUUGUCAAGUACGAGGAACUCAUACGAAGCAAGCGCGAAAAGCGUAAUGUUGAUGGCUGGGACUUUCGACAAUACUUUUUUAUGCAGGAGGACUUGGCACUGAUUUUUGAAAAGCUAGAACUGCCCACAGAGGCGCUGAUACAAUAUGAUGAACUGGACGCAAUGUUCUCGCAGUUCAUCACGCAUACAGGCCUCAACGAGAAGCAACAGUGGUUGAAUCACUUUCGAAAGCCGUUGGACGCAUUCCAUGGUAUUUGCUUAACUCGACCGGACAGGUUCGAAAUGCGAAAUAAGAUUCGGGAUGAGGGCGUUUCCCUUUUGGAAUUCCGCAACUAUCUGUUCGAGCGGCAAGCCUACCUACUGCUCACUUGCAACGACAUCCCAGAGAUCGCAAAAAGGCUUCUUAACUUUCUCUUUUCCACACUGCGCGAAGUGGAGUUCAUCAAGCUUGAGUACCAAGAGGGCGCUCUUUGCUGUUGGGAAUUCGUUUGUGCUCUGGAGGUCCUGCAGCUGUGCGAGCAGGCCAUGGAACCCAACGAAGUUACUUGUUUCCAGCACUGCGCUCCGAUCUGGAACUUGGCAAAGGAUAAACUUUAUGAGCUAGGCAAAUUGUGUGGUCUCUUGCCCGGCUGUACGCCCACUUCGGAACAGCUCCAUAUAGUGGUGCAAUUGUCGUCAGGAAUAGGAGACGCUCCACCCGAUAACCAUCAAUUUCUACAGGCUACACCUCAGCUCCGGGAACGGUCUCCCAAUCGCAAGCCAAAAAAAUCGGCAGCCGAACAGUUGAAGGAGGCUUUGGGCUCUAAUCAGGCCUUCCAAAAGCUCUACCUAGAGCUGGCGGAAUUGGCUAUAAGUACGUAUAAACAUGUGACACGUUUGCGAUCGGCUCGUUUAGUGGGUCUUGAUCUUGGAAACUUUUAUUGUGCCCUAAAUGAGCCCCACAAGGCUGUUGGGUUCUUCACAGAUCUUCUUAGGGAACUGAAAGCGGAAAACUGGCAUAUGUUGAGCUCCCAGACUUUGCUAGAGCUAGCUAACUGCUACCGCAAGAUGGGAGACUCUCUGGCCUACACCAAGACCUGCAGCUCCAUCUCGUGCUGCGCAGAACUGGAGACCUUGGUGCGAACAUUCUAUUUUGAUGAGUUCCUUAAGUCCCUUAAAACCUUAAAGACAACACUUUCGGCGCAGCCGUCCAUGGAGAAUGCAAACUUUUGUGUGCUAGAAGAUCACUUUCGAGUCCUGGACAUCGACGUAAUUAAUCAGAAACCAAUCAUACAGGAUGAUUACAUACUCGUGCAGCUAAAAGUAGAGAGUCUGUAUCCACGUGGGAUCGUGGCUGAAAACAUCAAGCUUUGCUAUGAGUUGCAAGCGGCCUCACUGGAGCUGGCUAUGGAGAAUGUAUGCCUAACUGCACCUCCUUCUGUGGUUAAGGUCAAGGAGUCCACAUCACGUCUAAAGGUUUCCCUUCAGUUAGUGUACAAACAAGACAAUAGCAUUCACGCCGCCGCUGUAGCCUGCGAUAUGCCCAAGAGCAAGCAACCCGUGAGGCGCACCAGUAGCACCAAAAGAAAACUGUCGCCUAGUGUCCAGGCGGACUUCACAAACUUCGUUCAGGCAGAAAACAUUGCCCUUCAACCAGGCGUAAACGUAAUCGAUCUUAAGGCAAAGGCUAAUAGAGUAGGCAGCUGGCAAUUCAAACAGCUCUGCAUUAGCAUGUCCAGUCUGGAGUUCCUGUCAGAACAGCUGCCCUUCACGCCACCCAACUUUGAGAUUAGCACCAAGCCGGCAUGUGCUUCAUUGGAGUUUAAGACCCUUAUAGCUGGCAUAGUACAGCCAAUUAUCUUGAAUGUUUCCGGGGGAAGUUUCAUUUUCCCAACUGAUGCUAAGAUUACACUGCGCUGCUCCAAGAAUCUACGCAUACGUCAGGCACGAAAUACGACAGAUCAAGCAACAUAUAAUGAUGAUACAUCCUUUGAGAGCCUCCUUCAGGUGCCGCUAUUGCAAUUUAAGUCGUUCGAGGAGCGCAAAAUUCCUCUAGAAGUGCUCACGGAUAUGCCAGGCCGAAAGGUGUCUAAGCACCAUGAGCAUCACAUUGCCCUCAGUUGUCCAUGGUCGCGAACGGAGCUACCUAUCCCCGUUGAAUUUCAACCAGCCAUGGAGGCCACUUGCCGGCUUCACACGUGUGGCACUCAAAAGUUUCUACAGGUGAUCAUGAAGGGACUAGAUGCGCAUCUCCUUUUGCAAAAUGCUCAGGUCAAAUGCGAUGUACCCGGUGUGCAACUGUUAGAUCUUAAUCCCGAGCCCCAGCAGCCCAUUGAAAUCUACAAAUCCUUGACAGUAACUUUUCUGUAUGAGAUUCAAGUCGAGCCUCUCAAAACCGAGCACGAGCUGCCCGUUGUUAAAGUACACUUUGUGAUUAAGUAUGCGCCGCUUUCUCAGCCGGAUGUGUGGAGAACCUAUGGAUGCGCCUUCGAUCUAGUGGAUUAUACGACGCUUUUCAAAUUGCAGGCGCAGCUUGAACCCAAUGAGCUGUGCCGCCUGCGAACUGUGUGCAAUAUGAACCUGAAGAUCACCAAAGUUCACGAAAAUCCCUACACGGACCUUAUGUAUGAGGUGCUUAAUGAUCAGAAUCUAUGGGCUGUUUGCGGUCGAUCAGCGGAUAUGGGUGUUGUGUCUAUGAAGGACGUAGACAGUCAUUCGAUUUCCUUGGAUGUGAUGCCGUUAAGCACCGGCUUCCUGCCAAUGCCCAGCAUCCGGCUAUCCAAGUACACAGCCGGGGGCAAGAACAAGACUGAUGCCCACUCCAAAGUGCAUCCUUUUCCGCCCGGACAAGUGUACAACUCAACCAAAAGCAUGCAGAUCCAUGUCAUAGCAAGCGUGGCCGGGGAUCAGUAA